AUGUCUGGGAAGAGAAAGUCGUCGAAAAACAACUCUGGUGAUAAUGAAGAGACGAAUGAAAACUAUCUUCUAUCACUGAUCAAGAAUGAGCUAGGGAAACUUUCCAAUUCCUUGAAUGCUAAGUUGACCGUCUUGGAACAGUCGAUCGACAGUAUACGAGAGGGACAAAGUAGUAUUGUCAACUCGCUGUCGUUCCUCAACGAGAAAUUUGAGGAAAUGAAGUUGAAGGCCGAGAAGAUAGAAAAGGAAAACAGAGAACUGAAGGAACAAAACAUCUGUCUUCAGAAGAGAUUCAGUGAGUUGACCUUCCAGCUUAACGAACUUGACCAGUACCACAGAAGAGUCAACUUGGAGGUGGCAGGUGUACCAGAACGACAGGGCGAGGUUCCUGAAAGGAUCGUACUUAAUAUCGCGAAACACAUCAGCCCUGAGCUUGCAGCAUCCGACUUCGAUGUGGUUCAUCGGCUGGGUUCCAAACGCCAAGCUGAUAACAAAGCCCGCCCAAUCAUCGUGCGAUUCACCACAAGACGAGCUCGGAACAUCAUGUACGAUGGGAGAAGGAAGCUGAAGACUCUCUCCACAAAGGAUCUUGGAUACAACAGCGAUGGCAAGAUCUACCUCAAUGAAAACUUGAUCGCUUCCACUAAGGAGCUAAUGAAAGAUGUCAACAAGGCCCGCCGAGAUGCCGGAUACAAGUUCCUGUGGACCCAGAAUGGCCGAAUCUAUGUUCUUUCGCUAAAAGAUAUUCAUAGCAAUAUGAGAAACCGUGUUCUAAUACCAGUGACUGUGCUUGAAGAGGACGUGGACUUUCCAGUUACUAUCACAAUUGUACAGAAGGGAAAGCUUGACGUUGCAAUACAUUUCGCAUUUGUCUUCAAUAGUUCAGAUGAUGAAGACCAAGACCCUUCUGUAGAAAUCGCUUCUUCUGUACGCGCGAUUAGAGGCAUUUCAGGAACUGACAUCCAGGAUGUCGAGCUGCACAGCAUUGCUGAGAUGAUGUCGGUGAAUCAUUUCUAUGAUUUGGGGAUCGCACUUGGCUUUCGAAUCCCUAACUUGGAUGCCAUAGAAUACAUGCAGUCAGGAAACAGGCAGCAGGCUAUGUACCAAAUGCUGGUAAAAUGGAGGCAGGCACAGCCACCUGGUCUUGCAGCGAAGGAUGCGUUGCUGUCAGUAAUGGAGUCGUUAGAUCUACCGAGUGAGGACAUGCAAAUAUCAGACCUCGGUUCUGACAGUGAUAUCCAAGACAGUACUUUGCUUACCCUCUCUAAGACGAUCAAAGCAAAUCAAUUCUACGAGGUAGGACAAUUGCUUGGUCUAACAAAGAUGGAUCUUCAACACAUAAAGCACCGGACGUUCUCCAACCAGAAGGAUGCCAACAUCCAAAUGCUUUAUAAGUGGAAGUCAUCCCAAAUAUCAGCAGAGAAAGGCAUGCAGACUCUGAAACUUGUUUGGGAAUCAAUACAAGCAGUAGGAAAAACAGAAAGCAGCGAAGAUAUCAUGGAUAAAGGGGAUUCCGCUCGUCUGUACCAAGUUCAAGAGGAAAAUGAACCGGGUGGACCUACCUGCGAAUCAGAGGAUAUGGACGUAAUAUGCACUGACAUGGAUGCUCGCGGUGGAUCUCCGGUGAAAUAUGAAAGAUCUUACGAAGAUCCCGACUUACAUGGCGGAAUGUCAAACACAGAAGAGCUUUGCAGCGUCGCCCUUCCGGUAAAAAGUCUCCCACAAGUAUGUCUACUUGGGAAAUCACUUUAUCUGGAUGAUGGCGUCAUUGUUGAGAUCAUAGAUCUACAAAGGCUGGCAGUGCUCCAUAGCAUCGCACGGCAGAUUCUAGAUAUUUGGUGGCAUGGUUUGAAAGAGGACGAAAGGAAAAAUCAGAGUUCAAAGCUGCUUCUCGAAUACAACAUUACCAAAAUCAAAGAAGGUCGUGAAGAUGUCUUGGGCGCUAUUCGGUCCACCGCAGACCUACUGACCUUGUGUCAUCGAGUAAAAGUGAGUCCUUCGAGAGUUCUGCAGAUCAUGAGCGCAUCUGUAACAUUACUACCGUCUUACGUCAUCGGUCGUGUGGUUAUGAAGAUGCUGAACCUAUGGUUGCAGAAAUGUGGAACCAGAGAUAGACUUCUGGCAAUUGCUCAAGCGUUUCGUUUCAACGACGCAGCGACCAAGAUAGCAGAAGCACUCGAAUCGCAACCAAGCUACCCAAAAUUCAGCUCGCACUGCAACAUUGAUCACAGAGGAGGAACACUGGCCCUCGCUCAACUUGGUGUCGCUCUAUCGAUUCCCGAAGGAGCUAUACCAAAAGGAACGAGAUCAGUUGUAACCCUUCAGGUAUCAACGCAUGAUACUCCUCGGAUCCCCCUCCGAGAAGGUGAGGUCCUGGUUACCCCAGUCAUAGAGACUUCCUUCAAACAAGAACUACUCAAACCUUGCAAAGUCGUAUUACCACACUGUAUCAAUCUCCGGGGAAGAAGCGGCGACUAUUCUACUAUUCUCUACGCCAAACAAAAUCCAAGGACUUUUGGUCGGAGGAGCCUUACUCGGGGUACAUCAAAUACCUCAAAAUCUGAGAUCGUGUUUCAUACACGUCAUCUUCAAGUCUUGGCUCUGUCUUCUAGCGAUUGUCCAGGAGUUCAGUUAAGAUGUGUCGUCUUCCAGCCUACCAUCUUGACUCCAGAAGAGGAACCACGUUUACGUGUCUACAUAGUUCAUCCCUAUAGGAUAUAUAUGAAGCAUAUAAGCAGAAAGGAAAGGACUUCAUCUGUUUCCUACUGCCAAGUCCAAAAGGAAUUUCAGUUCUCAAUACAACCAACAUCAAAGCACCUCAAGAUUAUACUCCAGGAUGGAGGAAAAGUACAGAAAAGAAUGAUGCCGAUUAAAGGUAUACUGAGUGGAGAAUGUGAUCCUCUGAUCUUCAAGCUACAGUUCUCUGCUGAAGAGAAAGGCUACAAGGACUUGAACAUUACCAUCCAAGAAGAUCGAAAACUAACAGCAGAAAAACAAAUUUCCAUCUCUAUAGAAGAUGAACCAGAUUAUGCUGUCGACAACAUCACAGAUUCGCAUCAACAUUUUGCAUCUAAUAAUCUCCUUGAGGUACUUGCCGAUGUGAUCCGUGAACCGAAGGACUUGACAUCUCUUGGCUACCAACUUGGCUUCUCGCAACAAAGUAUGAGGAAAUAUAAUGAUCCAGCUGAAGUAUCGUUUGAUACAAUCUCAAGGUCAGGCUUCAUUGGGAUGCUACGUGAGUGGAGACGAAGGGUCCGACCUAGUGAACAGAUGGAGGAACUUCACCUGGCCUUGCAGAACGCUGGUCUAGAAUAUGUAACAAACGUGAUCCUCCGAGAAAUGGGUGGUGCCUCUAGGAAAAAGUUUGAACAACUCAAACAAGAAUGGGAGUCAAGAAGCAAGAAGAUUAGUCACUAAACUGCUGAUUAUCACCAGCAACCAGCAUGACCAUUAAGGACUUCACAUGAAUUAUGUAUUAAGUACUAGAAUGGAACGGAAAUAAUAUUCUUCAUCCAUGUUCGACAUUUAUAUAUUCUGUUAGACAAUUUGAUCUUGAAUUGGAACAUCGCUGUACAGUCUCAUUGCAGCUUGGCUCCAAACAGCUUGGCUGCUCCAAUCCUAAAGGUUAGCGCUAUAUGGAGAUGUCGUAUGGUUCGGGAUGUUAUUAGGCACUCUCUCUUUAUGAUGUCAUCGUCAGUAUAUCCCCACUUUCACAUGUCUCUACAUGUAUGUUAUACGGAUGUUGUUUUUUUUACCUGACUGCUAAGAAA